UCAAAUCAGCUGUGUACCACACACAGGGAGCAUGUAACAAUAAUAAAUGUGCGUAUUAAAUUAUUGAAGUGAAAAUGUCCAAAGUGAAAAUAUUCAAAAUAUCAAAUCAAUGUUUAUGAUAAUUUCACGGCGUCGAAGACAUGGCGCGCCGGAAGAGCAGUGGCAUAACGAGCUUGAGUUUCAAUCAGGACCAAGGCUGUUUCACAUGCUGUCUGAAGACUGGCCUGCGUGUCUAUAAUGUGGAGCCCCUGGUCGAGAAGGCGCAUUACAGCAAAGAGGAGCUGGGCGAGGUGUCCCUAUGCGAGAUGGUGUUCCGCACCAACUGGCUGCUCGUGGUGAAAGCUCGGAAGCCGUACAGCCUCCUCCUGCUGGACGACCAGCAACGUGCCUUCAAGGCUGAGGUGGUCUUCAAGUCGCCGAUACGAGCGCUGCGGGCCAGGAAGGAUAAGGUGGCCGUUGUCCUGACGUCCAGCGUGCAGGUGCUGGCGUUGCCGACGUUCCAGCGGGUCGCGUUGCUGCGGACGCCGUCCUCCGCGAGGCCGCUGUGCGCCAUCGCCACGGAACCCAACGCGACGCAGAUACUGGCCGCGCCCGCGCACCGCACCGGAUCCCUGCAGUUGCUCGACGUGUCGAGCGUGCACCGCGACGGCGGCUCCAGCGCGCCUAGCGUGGUGCGCUGCCACCGCUCGGCGCUGGUGUGCGUGUGCGUCAGCGGGAGCGGCACCCGGCUCGCCACGGCGUCCGCGCGCGGCACCCUGGUCCGCCUCUGGGACGCCGUCUCCAGGCAGCUGCUGCACGAGCUCAGGCGGGGCUCCGACUACGCCGACGUCUACUGUAUAAGUCUGAGCGCUCAGGGCGGACGCGCGGUGUGCGUGUCGGACAAGGGCACGGUGCACGUGUGGGCGCGCGGGACGCACGUGGCCGCCGCGCGGGCGCCGCCCGACACGCGCGCCCUCUGCGCCCUCACCGACGACGACAGCGCUGUCGUAGUGAUAUGCGAAGACGGUACCUUCCACAAGUUCACGUUUGCAGCGGAAGGAAACUGUCAUCGGUCCGACUUUGAAUAUUUCUUGCAGGUUGGAGACGACGACGAAUUCCUACAAUGAUGACUGCUGUACAAUAAAAUUCACUUUAUGCGAACUUUAACAGUGUUACAAGGGAAUUAAAAAAGAAAUAUACAAAAACACAAAAAAAAAACAAUCGUAUGAAAUGUGAUCGUAAUAAAUAAA